GUCUGCGUGUCCACGCGUAAAAUGCAGCCCCGAAUUCCUUGUAGUAGAUGCUGAUAAUAUUGUCGAAUGUAAACAUUGCAAGUGAUUGGAGGAUGGCUUGAAAUAUUUCUGACGUGAAAGGGUUAUGGGUUGAAAAACAUCGGUUCCCUUCGUAAAGGUCGGUCCGGAGAAACAUUUGCUCAAGGGCCUGACGGGUCGCACCGAGGCACCUUUCCAAAGCAUUUGCGUCAUUCGGACGAGCUCUCCUCCAAGUACUUCCGGGUCAUGUCGCUCGGAUAGGAAAGGAAAGUUCCUGAUCGACGAAACGAGGAUGAGUCAUCGCGUCCCGUUGGAGUUUCUCGGCCUAGCUUAGCCUAGCUUAGCUUAGCUUGCUAGCCGCCAACAAAGAGACGCGUUUGCGAUCCACAACACAUCGCAAAGUUGUGUUAAGCGCGUGAGCAAGAAAGACGGCGGAGUGCUCGGGAGAGCUUUGUGGGCCAGAAGACGACAAGAACAAGCUUCAACGCGAAGUGCUGGAUGCUGUUAGCAAGAUGGAGCCUCGAGCUGUUGUGCGACACAGAGCAGUAGCUGAAUUUCCAACGGCGCCCCGCAGGUUGACGGCGCCGGUGGCGGACGUCGUUAACCCGGGCCACGACCGAUCCGACAUCGCUGAAGAUCUUCGCCCUGAGCGGAAGGACCCAGAGCCCCCUCACAUUAAAGAGGAAGUGGGAGAAGAGGAGGUCCCCCAAAUCAAAGCGGAAGAGGAAUUGGAGCCCAUUUCGAUGAAAAAAGAGGAGUGCCCCCACAUCAAACAGGAAGAAGAGGACGAUAUCGCAAAGUUUCCAUCGACUGAUGUCCCUUUGAAGAUUGAAUAUGAAGGUCAAACUGAGGAGAGCAGAGGAGCGCAGCCUCUUAGCAGCAGCAGCAGCUCAAGUCAACACAUGACAACAGAAGGCGAUGGAGAAGACCACUGUGGAGGAUCACCAGCAGACGGCCUCUUAGCUCCACUGUCAGAUAGUCACGGCACAACAGCACACUCUUCUGACUAUGAUGGUGAUGAAAAACAGUCUGAAGAUGAUAUGACAUAUUGCACUGACAACAAAGGAUGGACAUGUUCUCAGUGUGGGAGAACUUGUGUUUAUAAGAGCAAUUUGAAACGACACAUGAGAAUAGACACUGGAAAGAAGCCAUUUGCCUGUUCAAUUUGUGGCAAAGUAUUCUCUGGACAGGGAACCUUAAAAAUAUGCACAAAAACCCACACUGGAGAGAAACCGUUUUCCUGCUCAGAUUGUGCUCAAGGCUUCUCUCUAAAGGGACACUUAAAAAGACACACAAAAACACACACUGGAGAGAAACCUUUUUCCCGCUCAGUUUUUGGUCAAAGUUUUUCUGUAAAGGGACACUUAAAAAGACACACAAAAACACACACUGGCGAGAAAUCCCUUUCCGGCUCAGACUGUGGUCAAAGCUUCUCUGUAAAAGGAAAUGUAAAAAUACACACAAGAACACAGACUGGAAAGAAAACGUUUCCCUGCUCAGUUUUCGGUCCAAGCUUCUCUGUAGAGGGACACUUAAAAAGACACACAAGUGCACACGCUGGCGAGAAACCUUUUUCCUCCUCAGAUUGUGCUCAAAGAUUUUCUGUAAAGGGAAAUUAAAAAAAAAACGAGAACCCACAGUGGUGAGAAACCUUUUUCCUUCUCAGUUUGUGAGAUUACAAUGACAGGGCAUAUAGAGUCCCCUCCCAAAGUACUCGAAUGGCAAGUUCCAUUCCUUUGUUUUUGUUGCAUGCUGAAGACAUUUGGGUUUCAGAUCAAAAGAUGAACAUGAGAAAAAAAGUUGAGAAUUCAAGCUUUCAUUUGAUGGUAUUUACAAGUCGAUGUCUUGAACAACUCGGGACGGAGCGCCUUUUGUUUGAAGCCACCCGCUUUUCAAGUGAGCAAAAGCAUGUGAACAUUAGCCAUCCAUCCAUUUUCAACACCACUUAUCCCGGCUAGGGGCGCGGGGCGCGGGGCGCUGGAACCUAUCCCAGCUGACGACACCCUGAACCGGUCGCCAGUCAGUCGCAGGGCACAUAUAGACACGGACAACCAUUCACAGUCGCAUUCGCACCGUCACUGAGUGGGAACUGAACUAUUGGUAAAAUUAGUAAUUUACCAAUUUCUCCAAAAUGUAUUUUUAUUGGAAAUAACUGAUCGUUUCACUUUCUUGAACAAAUAUUACAUAAAACUCAACUUGAAAUGAAGACCCAUAUUUCCUCUCAGCAAUGUAUGUAUUGUGCAAUGUUUUAGUGAUGUGACUGUCAAAUAAGUGAACGAUUGAUUGAAAUAGACUGAAGAAACUGACUUUUGCUACAAAAAAAACCGAAAGUGUUAUUGUGAUCUAAAAUAAAAUGCACCUCUUCAAACGGUGAGAGUAACUCAAUUUCCUUGCAUAUCAAAUCCAUUUUCCCCAUUGAGAAGAAUUGAAACUCCUUCGAUCCAUUUGAAACCCUCCAAAAACAAAACGCUGGCAACACAAAGCGAACACUGUCCUAAGCAAUAAGGCCCACAUACAAAAACUGCUCAGCUGGGGCACUGGUACGUCGAGGUAGCGCUGUACUCGGCUGACUUUGGCUCUCGGUCAUGUCAUGGCUUGGGCUUGCGUGGCUUCUUCUGGAACGGGCUCACUUGUCUCGAUUGAUAAAACUCAGGAUAGUAGCGCCAGAAUGAAUUCUGAGGUCUACGAAACCAAGAUAGUCUGGCAGUUUACCAAAAAAUGGAUCCAAACUAAUUGGGAGACGCUUCACCACGCAACAAGACAAUGACCCAAAACACACUGCCGACACAACAAAGGACUUCGGAAGGUCUGAGACUGGCCAAGUCAAUCACCAGACCUUAAGUCUGAGGUCCUGAGCACUCUGGAGAAGGUUUUCAUCCAGGAUAUCCCUGGACCAGUUCUGAGGACCCGGGUUCGAUCCCCGGCCCCGCCUGUGUGGAGUUUGCAUGUUCUCCCCGUGCCUGCGUGGCUUUUCUCCGGGCACUCCGCUUUCCUCCCGCAUCCCAAAAACAUGCAUGAAUUGGAGACUCUAAAUUGCCCGUAGGUGUGACUGUGAGUGUGUGAAUGGUUGUUUGUUUAUGCGUGCCCUGCAAUUGGCUGGCAACCGGUUCAGGGUUCAGGGUGUAUACGAAAGCAUUGGACAAACCGCAUGCAUUGCUGUAAGUAUUUUUGCAACAGUGCUCUUCCGUCACAGUCUGGUUUGGCGCUGCUACAAAAAAGGACAAACGCCGACUUUGACGGACAAUCAAAACUGCCGAAAGGAUCGUCGGUACCCCCCUACCCACCCGUGAGGACUUGCACGCUGCCAGAACUAAGACAAGGGCGUGCAAAAUCCUCUCGGACCCGCCGCACCCCGGUCACCGGCUCUUCCGGCUCCUUC